CUCCCCCCACCCCCGCCUAAAAGAUAAAAUUACUAGAUCUAAAAAUAAAGCAGUGGUUAAAAACUCCCCCCACCCCUUCCCAUUUCUCUCUCUCUUACUGUGUGUUUGCGUUUGACAAAGAAAUUAUUUGAACUUCCCUCUGCCUCAUAAAAAGGAAGCAGAAUAGCAGUUUUGACAUAUGGAUGUGAUUUUUCUGCUCUGAGACAGAUGCACACACAAAACAAACAGCACCAGGAACUGCUGCUCUGACUGAACUGGGUGUUGGUGCUCCCUUCACAUGGACUCUUUCUCUACAUUUCUGAAACUGCAUAGAUUUCCAGCCAUGAGAAAGCGAAGCAAAGGACUGGGCUUUCUUGUCAUGUGCCUCUCUGGCUAAAACUGUGGAAACAAACAAGCAAAUAAAAAAAAAAGCUGGGAAGGAAGAAAAAUAAAAGAAAAAAAAAUCAUCUGCAGCUGGAUCCCUGGAAGAUCCUUCGUCCUUCUACUUCCCUUAGAGAUCGUGGAUGCUGCAAUAAGUCUCUUGGAUAUGGGAUCAUAUUUGGUUUAUCACAGCCUGGGUUUGAUCCUCUGCUGCUCGGUGUUGAGUUCUGUCUAUGCUCUGGUGGAUGCUGACGAUGUCAUCACCAAAGAGGAGCAGAUCUUCCUGCUGAUAAAAGCCAAGUCCAAGUGCGAGCGCCACCUGAAAGUCAAGGUGCAAGAUGGUUUCUGUCUGCCCGAGUGGGACGGCAUUGGCUGCUGGCCCGAAGGCAUGCCCGGCAAAGUGGUGGCCAUGCCGUGUCCUGAGUACAUCUAUGACUUCAACCACAAAGGCCACGCCUAUCGGCGGUGUGACCUGAAUGGGAGCUGGGAGCUGGUGCCAGGCAACAACCGCACCUGGGCGAAUUACAGCGAAUGCGCCAAGUUCCUCACCAACGAAACCAGGGAGAUGGAGGUCUUUUAUCGCCUCUAUUUGAUUUAUACUGUUGGAUACUCCAUCUCUCUGGGAUCCCUGACAGUUGCUGUCCUUAUCCUGGGAUACUUCAGGCGUUUGCACUGCACAAGGAACUACAUCCACAUGCACCUGUUUGUCUCCUUCAUGCUGAGAGCGGUCAGCAUCUUUGUGAAGGACGCGGUCCUGUACUCCGGGUCAGCUCUGGAGGAGAUGGAGCAUCUGCCUGAAGAAGACUUCAUGUCCGUUACCGAGGUCCCCACCGCGGAUAAGUCGCAGUUUAUGGGCUGUAAGGUCAUCGUCACCUUCUUCCUGUACUUCCUGGCAACCAAUUACUACUGGAUCCUGGUGGAAGGGCUCUAUCUCCACAGCCUCAUCUUCAUGGCCUUUUUCUCUGAGAAGAAGUAUCUGUGGGGCUUCACGCUGUUUGGCUGGGGACUCCCUGCUGUAAUUGUCACAGUGUGGGCCAGUGUGAGGGCCAAUCUAGCAGACACAGAGUGUUGGGACUUGAGUGCCAGCAAUUUACAAUGGAUAUUUCAGGUGCCCCUCCUGGUAGCUAUUGUGGUAAAUUUUAUUCUUUUUAUCAAUAUUAUCCGAGUCCUAGCAACCAAGCUACGGGAGACAAACGCAGGGAGGUGCGAUACGAGACAACAGUACAGGAAGCUGCUGAAAUCUACGCUUGUCCUUAUGCCUCUGUUUGGAGUUCACUAUAUAGUUUUCAUGGCUUUGCCAUAUACAGAGGUAUCAGGGAUUCUUUGGCAAGUUCAAAUGCACUAUGAAAUGCUGUUCAACUCUUUCCAGGGAUUUUUUGUUGCCAUCAUAUACUGUUUUUGCAAUGGAGAGGUUCAAGCCGAAAUAAAGAAGUCAUGGAGCAGGUGGACGUUAGCCCUUGACUUUAAAAGAAAAGCACGAAGUGGGAGCACAACCUAUAGCUAUGGACCCAUGGUCUCCCAUACCAGCAUCACUAAUGUAACCACCAGAGGGGCCCUCGCCUUACAUCUCAAUACGAGACUUGUACCGGGUGCCCUCAACGGACACCGAAAUUUGCCGGGCUAUGUCAAAAAUGGCUCCAUUUCUGAAAACUCCAUGCCUUCUUCUGGGCCAGAGCAGUACAACAAAGAAGAGGAGUACCUGAAUGGCUCUGGACUUUAUGACGGAGACAGACCCAUGGUACUUGUUGAAGAAGAAAGAGAGACAGUGAUGUAAAGAAAGAAGAAGAAGAAGAUAUUUCCCAGAGAGCAUUUAGUGGGCAAAAGAAUGCCAGGCCACAAAUCAGAUGCCAAAGGUUUUCAUACAGUUUCUCUGUUCUGUGGAACAAGAGGUCAAGUUAUCUGGGAAAAGUGGACCACAGAUGUGGCCAGCUAUUGAUCACACACAUUUACGUAGUGGUCUAGUCUCCAAGGUGUGAAUGAAGGCAGUCUUCUCCAGACCCACGGUCCUUGUGACCUGUUGAACAACGGGGCUAUUCAGAGUUUACAAGGGGACGUACAAAUGAUACUCUGUAGUUUCACCUCUCGGAGAGUGUCCACGGCACAAAGAUGCAGGGAAUUCAACCAAGUGAAACGAGACAGUCUGGUGAGGAAUGUGACACGCCAUUUUUUUUCAGUGGUGCAAGCUGUCCCGGGGUGUUGCCAUCACUGCUUGGUUGGGUUUGGUUUUCUCAUUCAUUUUAAAGAAGCCUAGCCGUCCUACAAUCACCCACACCAGACUGGCUGAGUCCCACUGGCCAUGUCUGCCAGUUCAAGAACACAGCACGGACAGCUCUGGUGUUUCAUGGUUUUGCCCCUUCGUUAUAAAACCCAACCCCCUGGGGUCAUUGUGUGCAAGUUCCCUGCCGGAGGGGCCUUAAUUCUGAUUCCUUGAUGAUGCAGCAUGCUUUUGUGAUAAAUGACUCCCAGCUACUGGAUGCGAGUUCCGACUGGGCUUCCCGUUCUCCUACCCAGAGCCCAAGCGACAAGAGGAGCCAGUACAACCCUAGGAUUAAAAUGCAAGUAUCAGAAUGUAAUGCAUUAGCUUGGCCACUCUUAGAAAGAAGCCCAUUCUGUCUGCUUCUAAGUGGGUCGAGAUGGAAAGGAAAGUUUGCAGCUGCCUUGGUGUGUGUAUGUGCAUCCAUAAAGCCAACUCAAACCUUUUCUUUCUUUUCUUUUUGGAAUUUCAGGAAAAUUGACUUUUUAAAAAAAAAAUCUUUAAAUUAUUUUUCGUUUUCACCUCUGCAUUUCCUGCUUCCUAUUGGGUCUGGGCAGGCCAAACUAUCCUGAGGGACUGUUGUUGCAGUAUUCCCAUCUCAGCCGGGAGCAGGAAGGAGCGGGAAUUGGACAGACAGCCUGUUCUCAUGAGAUAUGCCGGCCAGUUUUGCAUAGCCAAGGCAUUGAGCAUUGGCCUGCUAAACCCAGGGUUGUGAGUUCAGUCCUUGAGAGGGCCACUUAGGGAUCUGGGGCAAAAAUCAGUACUUGGUCCUGCUAGUGAAGGCAGGGGGCUGGACUCAAUGACCUUUCGAGGUCCCUUCCAGUUCUAGGAGAUUGGUAUAUCUCCAAUUAUUACCGGUACAUUACUAUUUGGAUACUUCGGAAUUCCAGACUUCUGGGUGCACUGCCGAACUUGCCAGAUUUUUUGUGGUUUGACCAUCAAGAACACACACGCAUGUAGGGUGGGCCUUAUACUCAGCUGGUGGAAGUGGUUGUAUGGUUGCAGCUCCACUGAGGUCACUGAAACUACCUAUUGAGAACGAGUAUCUGGACAUCACAGUGAUGGGCCAAAAAGGGGAAACUGUAAGAUAGAGUCUGUGUGAAUGGCAGGAAAAGGGAUCAGGGAUAUAUUUUCACAAUCUACCAUUUCCCUUGCUGGUAGAUUCUGUUGAUGUCCUGCUGUCACCAUGGAAGUACGUGGUGGUGAUGUUCCACCACACAUGGUACUUUUAUCUGACUUGCCUGCUAAGCGGCAGUCAAGUGGUAAAAUCCAGGGGCUAGACCUUUGGCUGCUGAAAAUUGGCAUAGCUUCCUUCAAGCCAUUUCACACCAGCUGAGCGUAUUGCUUUGUGUCUCUGUAGAUGCCAUGAUUUAGAGCCACGAGGUGAUAAUGACAGAGCUGCCAUUCCAGUGUGCCAUUCUUCAGAGCCUCUCAGGGGGAAAUCUGGCUGAGGCAGGCUAAAUUCCUUCUUGGGCUCCCAAUGCCCCAAGGCGAGCUGUGGUUUCUCAAGCCUCGAUCCAGCCCAUAAUAGUACAUUUUGGAAGUGCUUCCGGUACGUGAAUCGUGUUGGCCCCAUAUAGGAAUCAUCUGGCUGCAGUCAAAACAUAGACAGAAAGAGGUGGUGUGGCCAGGUGCAAUGAUGCUGUGGGGACUCAAGGAUGCGCCUAUCAGAUAAUCAGCUCUCUGUCCUGCUCUUUCGCAGCUGAGCUAGUGAAGCCUGCUGACUUCAGAGACAUAUCCAUGCCACCAGAGAUGGACUACUGAAUCCGCUGCUCCUCUCAGGGCUUAAGACCUUCAUUCCCAAAGCUCCUAGCCUGGUGGAGCCUGGUGGGGGGACCCUGAGAAGAGCAGCUGGUAUCUUGACUCCACCUCAAGUGUCCUGUACCUGCCUUUGCACCACCUCUCAGGUUAACACCUGAUCCAAAGCCUGACCAAGCCCGUGGAAAGACUUCCAUUGACUUUGCUGGGCUUCAGAUCAGAACCUGGGAUGGGGAUUGUGGUGACCAAGAGGGCGCCACCCCAGGGCUCUGAAGGAACUGUACUCCCCAUUUCAGGUAUAAAUGAGGCAAAUGUCGGAAGGUGACAAUAUUUAUUUUUGAUGUUUGUUUUUGUUUUGUGUGGUUAGAAUAAGUCCAAAUAUUCUUAGCAAUUUACCACCGAAUGGCAGCUAUUGAAAUGUCAGGUCUCCAAAGGGUGAAUCGGUUUGGUUGUGGGUUAUUUUUUUUUUAAUAAAUACUAUGCAGAAAUUAAGUAAUCUUGCAAGGAAAAAUGGAUGGACUGAGUGAAAUUCUGGCGCUGAGAGCAAGCCAACAUUGCAGAAAUCUGGGUCUGUCUGAAGCACUCACUGCUUGCAUCUUAGCCAUAGAUGCUGGCAUAGCCUCUGGAGGGACUUGGAGGAAGCGGAAGUUAUUGCCAGUCAGCCGUCAGCUAAACACUUGAGUUAUUUAGCAUCCCAUUCAGCCGAGCUGCCGAUGUGUAAUCCCAAUUCAAGAGAGAGAUGCAUUAAGUAUGCUGGCUCUGGCUUUCCAACCCUUGCAUGGAUCCUUUCGAUCUGCCCCCCUCCAAUCCCCAAUGGACAUGUGUUGUGCUUAAAACCUACCAAGUGGACGCUCGACCCUUGUGACUGUAUCACUCAAAGAAAGAAAUUACUUAGCAACGUUUCCUUACUGGUGAUUCAUUAUUUACUCAUGUUUGCUGAAGACAGCUCGAGGUUAAUAACGUGUUUGGAAAUCAUUUAGCAAAGUUCAAGUAAUUAAUGAGAGCUAUGAAAUUAAUUUAUUUGUAAAGACAAGGUGUAUAAUAAAUAAAUGUAAAUUUGUCACUGGAUUUAAUUACCAGAACCUGCUGUCAGUUGCUAAACGUGACCAAAAAUUACAUGGAGAUGGGGAGGGAAAUCUAUUCUUGAUCAUUUCCAACACAAAUGGUAUGUAAUGAUAAGUAAUUUUUUUUCCUUUGAGUGUUCAUAUGCAUGAACAGAAUUGCAUGUAAGAAUUAAGAACAUAAAAAAUGGAAUUUGUCUGGUUUUAAAGCGAAUCAUACUGUAUUGUUGUUGAAUCCUAUUCAAAUCCUACCUGUGCUGAAAGCAAGAGUUGCAGAGAACUGAUGGUGGAGUCUAUAGGGCCUGAUACAAUAACAAAUGAAGUAGGUGGAAGGUGCGCUUUGGAUUGAGCCUAUGUUAUCUUGCAAAGGGGAAGAGGAGAAGGAGCCUCCAAAAUUGAGCGUUGUGAUCAACUUUGGAGAUAUCGCAGUUGGAUUAUGGCCCAAAUUCAUCUUUGGUGCACAACUGCAAUGAGAGGCUGAAUUUGAGCUUGUACAAAUUGGGGUGAUAAUCUGGUGAAAAGGCUCGUUCUUCUCUGGCGUUUCUGGUGGCCACCGCUAGCACUGCAAGACUAUCCUUCCUUGCUCUGUCACCAUGUCUAGUUCGGGUCAGAUACUGGAUGCCAGGGGGGAAAAUACCUAAGGUCUUCAGAACCACAAAAAUCAAAAUAAGCUUGUCUAGAGUUCAAUUCUAGGAUGCUUCCAAGGGAGAACAGUUGUCCUCCUUUUUAUCUGUGCCAGCUUGCACUCCUCCCUGAUGUUUGUUCUGUGAUGUCUUAUUUGUCGGCUUAGCCAUGUUGAAAAAUGAUCUGCAGCAUUGAGACCAUUCAGGUUUCUCUUCAAUCUCAUGUUCAAAAGUUUUGUUCUUGUUUCCAGCUGGCUCCCUGCUCCCUUCCUUCCCAUCAACAGCCAUGCAAUCUGAGCUCUUCACUGUUUAAUCUACCUCCUCUCUGAAAUACACAGAGAUGUUGCUCUUCCCUUCCUUGUGAUCCUUGAAAGGCAGAAGGUGCGUUCUAUGUGGGUAAUCCCCUGUUGUCGCUGAUCUGUGUGCAUGUGUUUGUAGACCCCCUAUAAACUUGUUUCAUCUUUGUUCCUGAGAGAUUGUGUCUUUUUUCACUGUUCCUCCGCUUUGUCCCAUCUCAUCUUCCUGGAGUUCUUACUUUUUUAGAGCCAGAUCUUGUAAUCCUUACACAGUCCAUUGUUGGGGCCGUUUUUGAUAGCAUUGAUGGAAAUUAGAAUUUCAAAAUUAUAGCAACAAUUUUUGCUUUAAAAAAUAUUGGGAAAAAAUGGGAUGAAAUGUUUGUAAAAAUGCAUUUUCUUGUUUUUUGAUGAGAGAUGACUGAAAUAAUUUAAAAUUUGGAAAUUUCAAAAAUUAAGGGGGAAAAAUGUCUUUGUGGGUUCUUUUAACUAGCUGUAACUUCUGAUACUUUUACUCACAUUCAGUUACACCAAGAAUCAGUCAGUGGCUUCAACCAAUACUACUCAACGAGAGUAAAUGGGUCAGUCUGGCCCUUACUCAGUCAAAACUCCCCUUUGGAACAAUGGAAGUUUCUCCUGAGAAAGCACUGUGUGAAAACAGAACAAGCACUGUAUGAGUCAGCCCUUAGAGGGUAUGUUGGAAUAAUAUGUGAAGCCGUCCUGUGCACAACUCUGCCCUCUGCUGGCUGGAGUGUUCAUGAGUUCACAUCUGGUUGUGCCUGUAGCUUGUUGAGCAGAAGCCCAUGCUUUGGAACAAAAGCAUGUGAGGUGUAUGCCCAACGCUACAGUUUAGCUCAUGACCUAGGUGUUUCACGUGUGUUGUGGUCAUGGAGUCUGGCGGUUCUUGCACAGCUCAGUGAACUUAGCUCUGUGCUGCCUCUUUUUGUCCAUCUGGAUAAAUGAAGGUUUUUCCGUCCAUCAAGUUGAUUUCUUUAGUGCAUUAUGUGAAGACCACGUUUCCAUUCACCUGGCAACUCUUUCAGGGUGGGCUGAUGGUGCCCAAUGAACUGAAAGUAGAUGCCAGGAAGCAGAGUACAUAAAUUAUUUGACGCCUGAUUCUCCAUUGUCCUGUACCUUGUGUCAUCUUUGAUACCAGUGCUCAGUUAGUGUAAAUGAGAAUAAGGCCUCAGAAGUACAUAACUCUGACAACUGAGGGGGAUGUCCUCCUCAGCAGAGAGAAUAAAGCCAAGUGGGAUUGAGCAAAAUUAAAAUGAUUAAUGAUUAUCUUCACCUAACUGCUGAUUCUCUAAGCAAACACAGAGCCAAAACCAUCUCUUCCCCAUCGCCCGUUCUGAGUCUUGGGCCAUUUGAGCGCUGAUGGAAGCGAAAGACAAUCGGAGCAGUCUCUUCCAAUUUAAACCAGUCUGUGGGGAGCCAGAAGGCUUCAGUGUCCGUCUCUUGGAUUUCUAAUCCUCUGUAAGUGGGGGUACCAUGCUGUUUAAUUGCCUGGCAGUAGGGUAAAACAUUUAGUAGGAUGUUGGCUUAGGUCUUCACCAUGCCAGCUCUCUCUAACUGCACGUGCUGGGUGAGAGAUUGUAUUGCGCCCAAUGGCGUGUCUUGGAGACUAGACAUUCCUAGAUGAGACUUGUGCUUGGACUGUCUUGCCAUUUGACUUUUUAAUUUUGCUGUUACUUCUGAGGGGCCGCCGUGUUGUAGAUUUUGUGAAGGACACACACAAAAUCCCAUUCCAGCUACUGAGCCUGUAAAGCUUUUAUGACAUCUCUCCACACAGAGUGGGGUUUCUAGCCUAUUCCUCUAGGGUGUCUUGAAAUGAGAAAUGUAGUAAAUUGUCAAGGAACUGAGUCUGCAAAAGAUCUUCUAAAUAAUGUCCUGUAGGAAUGGCCAUGACCUUUUGGUUUGCCUGGAAAACACGAUGGUUCGUAAACUGCAUGAAUAAAAGGAAAGAACACGUCCAUCCCUAUUCAGCGAUCUGGAUUGUGUCGCAGCUUUUGUACUGUUGUGAAAUUAAAAGGUUAGACCUAUUGAACAGCAAAUAUGGUUGGCCCGAAAGAACAUCCUGUUUCCAAAACAGCAAAUCCUGCCAUCUUUAUAAAAGUUCACUGGCCCAUCAUCAUGCCAUGCAAACCAUUUUCUGAUAUCCCUCAACAUCAGAACUAGAGAUUUGGCUAGCGGGCUAGAGAGUUUUGGCUAAUGUAGCUCAUCUGCACCAAUUCAUAAAAUCCUGGUGAAAGACACACAAGCCUGGCUUUGACUUGGGCUUCAGUGACAAGAGAAAAGUAGCUUAGGGUUGCCUUAUCUUUUCCCUUAAUGGACGUUUGCCUAAGAGAGCAAGUUGUGAGAGGCAAGUCCGGUCUUUAUGUCCCAGUUGAUCCUUGGUGUCUCCACUGGAAAUGCCAAAAAGGCUAGUUUGGAUGGAGACACUUGUCCAUUAAGAAUUUGAUGAAGACCCACCCAACUCUACUUCACAGAAGCAACUUCUGGGCUCAAAGCAACUCAUAGAAUUUCUGUCUCAAUUUGAUUAGAAACAACAACCUCGAGACAAAAGUCUGAGUCACAGACAUUGGUAAUGGGUUGCAAUUGACCCCUCCCCCGCCAAAUUAAUUAACUUUACAACUAUCUUUUAAAAGCCAGUGAUAUCAAAGGGGUCUCCUGAUCAGGUGGCCUUGUUUAGAAAAUACUGCUAAAUAUCUUCACUAACUAACGAAAACCCUUCUCUGGCUAGAGGGCUAGAGGUUCAUCUGGCUGAGAAUUUGAGAGGUUAGUUUUUCAUGCAGUAAUAUUUGUUUAUCUGGACUCAGAUUCAUGCUUUGGCCAGCAGCCCGUUCUCCAGCUUUAAUACAAAGCCAAUUCAGAGUAUCUGAAAGGAGACAUAAUGGGCUUAAUUCAGCACGGCAGUAUUCCAGUUUCCCAAUGAGCUCUGUGGCGUUACAUCAGUGAAAAACUGAAGCAGUGCAGUGCCAAAUUGGUCUCUCAUUUUUGGAAGGGUGGAUUUAUUAGGCAAAUACUGUUCUCAGGAACAGAUAGUAAUUAAACCCUUAUUUUAACUGAGCCAGGCUGAUAAGUAAUUAUGUAUUUAUUUCACCCGGUUAUUUUCAGUGUCAUUAUUAUUGUGAUUGCUGCAUGAUGCCUGGCUUUCUCGAGCAGAAGGGAGUUCUCAACAGUGGAUGGAAUAGAAGUAAUAAAUUGAGACAAGUGGCCAUUCAUAAUUGGUCGCCAGGGCCAGACAGAAAAAGGGCCUGACUCUGAUCUCCCAGCCACUGCUGUACGCCAGGAGUAACUCCACUGAAGUCAUUGAAUUACACCAGUAAAAUACCAUGUAAAAGAGAUCAGAGUCAAGCCUUCUGCCGGAGGCUCAUAGGGAAUUCUGUUUCAUGCUGCUAAUCCAAUGCCUCUAUUCUUACCUAUGAAAAUUCUCUGCAAAUAACUAGGGAUUGGCCUAGCCGCUUUAAGAUUUCUAGUUACUACAGCUCUAGGUGGGACCCCUUGCUCUACGAUAACUGGAUCAGCUGAUGUUUGGGGUGGGGUUUUUUUUUAAGAAGAAGAAACAGUGCUGGCCUCUGUAGGUUAAGCUCUUCCAUUUGUAUUGGAGCCAAAGCCAGUGCUUCUAAGCACAUAGCAGAACAAAUUUAGCCCCAAUUAACCAUGCAAUCCUGUUUAAUGAGGUUGCAUGAGGUUAGACAUCAGCUCCCAAUCGGGCUCUAGCUUGGGGAAACACGAGCAAGUGAAAAAUGCUGCAACGAAUAAAGUUUAAAUAAGAGUCCGCUUCAGUGAAAAGCAUCAGAAUGUAAUUCUGGCAC